GCUGACACUCGUCGACCCCGACGAUUGCUUCCGUGCCUCCGUACAACAAGCAUAUCAGCAAUCCAUUGACCACUGCGUGUGCGGGACGCGCGUAUUAGCCACGCUUAGCCGACUCGUCGAUCGAUCAAGGGGAUACAAGCGACGACAACCGACGCCGAGCGUGCGAUCGACGCUAUGUGCCGUCGAUGAAAAAACUGAAGGUAAAGUUGGGAAGCAGCGGAACGGUGGGCACGUCGACGGGGCAUCAACAGGCGGUCGGGAUGGCGGGCGGACUGAACGCGGGCGCGGCCGACUCAACCGAUCCCGCGAACCGGAUCUGCCGGGACUUCUUGAGAAACGUCUGCCAUCGGGGGAAGCGCUGCAAGUACCUGCACGAGCGUUCCGAGGACGAUCCCGUGGAGGAGUACACCUUCUGCCACGAUUUCCAGAACGGCAAGUGCAGCUGGCCGGGCUGCAAGUUCCUCCACUGCACGGAGAGCGAGGAGAAGCGUUUCAGGGCGACCGGCGAGCUGCCGCCCCACGUCCUUAAUCGGGUCAAGAUCUGCAACAGCGACAAGUCGGAUCAUCCGUUGUGCAAGGACUUCAUGAAGGGCAGCUGCCAGAGGGUGAACUGCAAGUUCAGGCACAUGAAGAAGGAGGAACCGCAGCACAAUCUGAUGUCGCCGUCGCAUCACAACGCGUCCAGGCCGCAGCACAACUUCAACGGCACCACCAACGGCGGUGGCGUCGGUGGCGACGGACGCAGAUACGAAGAUGACAGAAACUUCCACUGGCAAAUACAGGAUCAUCAUAACAAUAUAGUCGCUAAUAACGGCGGUUACAAUACGUCGCAUCCAGCCGAUUACAUCGGGCCGCCGGAACCGAAGAGGCGACUGGUGUCGGGUGAAACGGUCGUGCACUUCGAAGCCUCUCCGAUCAUGGGUCAGCAGCACGCGACUCAGCCGACGGUCACACCGAGCUACUAUUAUCCCGUGAUACCGCGUAACGAAGCACGAGCCAUUGUACUGGAGGAUGAGAACGCGCUGCUGAGAAAGAAGAUAGAGGAGUUAAAGAAGCAGGUCAGCGACUUGACGGCGACGAACGAGUUCCUGCUGGACCAAAACGCCCAGUUGAGGAUGUCGGGGAAGCGAACCGCGAACAUGACGGCCGUGACGGUGCCGGCGGUCACGAUCACGAAUACGGUCCCGCCGCCGCAGGCUCCGACGCCCCAGCAGAUGGUCAACGCGGCCGUGGCGGCGGGCACCCUCCGAACGGUCACCGCCAGCGUGGCCACCGUCCCCGUGAGCAUCGCGACCGUGACGCCCGUCUCCAUCGCGGCGGUCUCCAUGGCGUCGGUCUCGAUACCGCCGCCGAUUGUCACCAUGGCGCAACAGACUAUCUCGAUGAGCGGCUCCGGGCCACCUCAGGCGACUAAUCAGCAACCACCGAACACGCAGCAACCCGCCAGUUUACCCCUGUCGAUAUCCGGCGCGACCGCGCCCCUCGUUUCCUAUCCUAUUAUGACGCAAGAGCUUAGGCCCGUUUUGUAAGUCGCGUCGUCACGAGGAUAGGAGGAAAACUUUGUAUCCGAUAGGAAUAUCUAUGUACACAUAUACGAUGUAGCACCUACUCGGCUAUGUAGGCGAAUCAAGGAUCAUAAUGUGCGUCCAUCUUCCUCUACGAAAAAAAUCGUACUUCCCUUACAAAAAAAAAGUACACUUGAAAGUACACGCAGAAAGAAACCAGCGGCUGUGGAAUUAUGAGGUGUAUCACCGUAGAUAAUAGACGCGUUUGCGUUGAUGUAAUCAUCAAUCCUCUCUGCCCAAAUUCUUUUCGUACUCUCCCUAUUCAUUUGUGCAAAAAAUUGAUAAAUUGAUAAAGAAAAACAAGUGUUUAAUUUGAAACACUUAAAAUAUCGUUUCUACCUUCAUCUCUCUCGUCGCGAUUGUAGGAAAUUAUCACUUUCCCUUUGUGAAUAGCGCGUUAAGAAUAUACAAUAAAAUAUACAAAGUAUGCAAUAAUAAUCGUCGAUAGAAUGUUGACAGCUAUAUAUAUAUGUUCGAAGUGUGUAUAAUUGUAGAAUAACAGAAAUGACAAUCUAUAAUUACGACAGUAAAGUUACGUCAUGACAUUAUGUUCCUUUAACUCUUUUCGUUUUAUUGUAUUAUAUAGCAUCUUGUGUAGUAUCUCGUAUUAAUCUCUCAUCUCUAUGUUAAAUCUAAGUCGGAGAAUAUAGGGAUAGGCAGAUAUAAGAGCACCAUUGAAAUAAUAAUUGUAAAGACGGGAGCGUAAAUUAUAAGGGAUAUCUUUUAGAUGAUAACGUUAACAUAAGUACAAAGAAAAUUAGGAGAAAUAAUAUAAAUGUAGUAUAUUAAAAAAAAAAGAUAUAUAUAAUAGAGAGGAUUCACACCGCGCUUCACUGGUCCGGAUUCGCAGAAUCUUACUAUUCCGUAACGGGAUGUUGUACAUAAUGUAUUCCAUUACUUCUUUAUUUACGAGAAAACUUUUGUACUUCUACUUAUAGUAAGCCAAUUUUCGGUCAUAUACAUUUACAUUAAAUAAUAUGUUAAGUACUUAGCAGUUUCUAUGAUUUACUUAAACAAGCAGCUUUUCGUUUAGAACGGUGAAAUAAUUAUAAAUUUACAUUUAUAUACCAAUACAAAUGUAUAAAUUAUACAGGAUAUUACAGUGCAUGGCGCUGUAUAUGCCAAAUGGAUGUGCAUCUGAUUUUGAAUCGUUAAUCACGAAUCGAUACUUGUAUAUAUUUUGCGAUAAUUAGCAUAAGAAAUUGAGCACUAUGUACUCGCGUAUUUUAUAUAUGCAUACAAAUGUGUAUAAUCUUUUACGUAUGAAUUUAUGUUAAAAGGCACUUUAUAUUAAAAAAGGAGAAAAGACGAAUGUAGUUUUUAUCCUCGAAUACUUGCGAGCGCGAGACUUCUAUGUGAGUAACAAAAUCGUUGCAAAUUUUAUUUUUUCAUUAUCGAGUAAAUAAAAAAAAAAUGUAAAAAGAGCACGUUAUCUUAAAAAAAAUCUAACAGCAGUGAUAUAUGCAUGUAUUACCCGUUUUUUAUUUAUACAUUUAUCAUACAACCUUUUUAUCUAGUUUGAUAAAUGCGUUGUUGAUUAUUGGACUCAUUCACGAUCACGACAUAAUAUAAACGGUAGAAAUAAUUGUAAUUUGUAGCGUUAUCAUAAUUUGACGUAGCAAUUGUACUAAAGGUGUCGAGCGUUCAUUAUCGUUUUGUUUCUUCCUAUUUUGCACAUGCCAUCAAGGAUAGGUUUAUGUACUCUACAAUAGCUUUUUUAUUGCAUAAAAUAUACAUACAUGCAUGCACUUGCGCACACACA